UAGGCACAAAAUCCCACCCCCUCAGCACCCCUCCUUCCCCUGUAUCUGACACUGACUUCAAGGGAGGAGUUGAGCCAAUUAUCUGUGAGUCCUACAGAAGGAAAAUCUGCAAUUUGCCAGUAGUUGUGAGAGCGAGAGGGAGAAAGGCAGGGAGGGAAGAAGAAAGACUUAAUUGGCAAACGUAAAGAAAAGCCCCUUCUGUCCUAGACAGAGAAUAUUUUAAAGCAAAUCUCAGACCAGAAGAAAAGAAGCUUCUGGGGGGGUGUUGUGCCAGGCUAGACCUGGGGAAGCGUAGGUUCACCACAGACAACUUCCAUGCCCCCACUGAUUUUUCCCCAUAGGGUCUGAGGCGGCGCAGAGGCAGGGUGGGCCAGCCGGAUGCACCCACGACCCUGCUCGACUAGGUGUCGCUCCAGAGACCCUUUCCCCCCCGCAGAGGCUACAAAGCACAACUUGCAAGAAAAGCUAGUGGGAGUGGGAGAAACUCUGCCUCUCCUUCUCUCAAACUGAGGCUGUGAGGAGAAGAGCUCAUCUCCCCAAAGGGAAAAGCUACUACUGGUUCCGAGACCCUUCUUUAGCCCAUGUCAGUCGCCUGAUCCAGUACUUACCAUCCAUGGGGGAACACCCUCUGGAGCCCUACGGUCCUUCCCAAUCCUGCUAAGUUCCCAGGAAAUACUGGUGAAGAACUGAGCCCAGGGCAAGCAACGUGGGAACCACAGAACAACAGCCUUUUACAGCAGCAGCCACCUCUGAUUAAAAUUAUCAGCUUCAUCAGACUGCACCAAGACCCAGGACUGCUCCUUCAAGGAAAGAGAGGACCAAGCAAUGAUGAAGACCAUGUCUGGUGGAAACUGCACCCUGAAUGUGCCAGCCAAGAACUCAUACCGCAUGGUAGUGCUGGGAGCCUCCAGGGUGGGGAAAAGCUCCAUUGUCUCACGCUUUCUCAAUGGUCGGUUUGAGGACCAGUACACUCCCACCAUUGAGGAUUUUCAUCGCAAGGUCUACAACAUCCGGGGAGACAUGUAUCAGCUGGACAUCCUGGACACCUCUGGGAAUCACCCUUUCCCAGCUAUGAGGAGGCUUUCCAUCCUGACAGGGGAUGUUUUCAUCCUGGUAUUCAGCUUGGACAACAGAGAAUCCUUUGAUGAAGUGAAGAGGCUCCAGAAACAGAUCCUUGAGGUCAAAUCCUGCCUGAAGAACAAGACCAAGGAAUCAGCUGACCUCCCUAUGGUGAUCUGUGGCAACAAAAAUGACCACAGUGAAAUAUUCCGCAAGGUACGCUCAGAUGAAGGUGAGAACCUUGUCUCCAGUGAUGAAAACUGUGCUUAUUUCGAAGUUUCAGCCAAGAAGAACACCAAUGUGGAUGAGAUGUUUUAUGUCCUCUUCAGCAUGGCCAAGCUACCUCAUGAGAUGAGCCCAGCCCUCCACAGGAAAAUCUCUAUCCAGUAUGGUGACACCUUCCAACAGAAAUCCUUCCGGAUGCGCAGAGUCAAGGACAUGGACGCCUACGGCAUGAUCUCUCCCUUUGCUCGCCGGCCAAGCGUCAACAGUGAUCUGAAGUAUAUCAAAUCGAAAGUUCUCAGGGAAGGUCAGUCAAGGGAGAGGGAGAAAUGCACAAUCCAGUGAAGGGGGCUUGCACUUCUGUCUGAAGUCAUCAUCCGCAUGUAGUGCCUUACAAGAAAAAUGGUCUGUGGAAGCACAGAAUGGGCUCACAGGGUUCAUCAAGAAAACCCAACAUGGAGAAAGGAUAACUCUUCCUGCAGAUACUGCUGAGUCACGAAUGUAAAUAACAUCGUCCUUGUAAAUGACUGGGAAAAAUCAUAUGCCUGAGAUACGAGUGCGUUUCUCUGUCUUUGUAAUGUAGUUCCUCUUCAUUCCCCUUUUUGUUUAAAGAAUAGAGACCUGAGAAGUAAAGAAAUUUCAACCUCAUCCUUACAAAGAAAGUAGGUAAAAAAUGCACAGAAGGCAUUACCCAGCAUGCAGCUCUUGCUAGGAGAGAGGAGUUUAUGUGUAUGCGUGUGUGUAUCUGUGUGUCUGCGUGUAUGUGUGCAUGCAUGUGUGGAGCACUCCUUUAAAAAAUGGGACUUGCAUUUCGAAGGGCAACAGUCUUACUGAGAUUUCCCAGAUUGGGAGUGGACUCUAUAUAUGGACGCAUGACUCUUACUCGUUUCCCAGGGGACCUGCAUUAAGAAGAUCUUUAUUUCAUGUUUGCUGGGACAGUUAUCAUUUGACAUCAACAUGAAUGUUGUUUUGUAUUACAGAUUUUAUUUCAGAUUUGGUUUUUUUUAUUGUCUGGGGGUGGGUUCUUAGCAAAAUCAGAUGGCAAGUGCAUUUGAUAUCAAAACAGUGUCUUUCUAGCAGUGAAAGGUGUUUUUCAUCUGUAAAACUAUAUAUGUACAUUGAUUGAAAGUGAAAUUGUUCUGCAAAAAGCCAAUACAUUUGACUGCUUUGCAACCCUGUUGUGAUAUUGUUUCUCAAAGCAGCCACACCAACUCCGAAUAUUGUAGUAGAAAUGCCACUCUUUGCCUUGCUGGCCACCGAAGCAAUGGUUCCUUCCUCUGCCUAUAUCAGCCAAGACUGACCAGAUUCAUAUGUUGGCUUAGAUCACUUCAGAGGCAGGAUUGGGUUUUCCUUCAAAAUUAAGAACUGAAUGGCGUAGGGCCAGUUCCAUCAUAUUUCUUCCGUUAACAUGCCUCUAGUCAUUUUGUGCAUGGUUUUCCCUGUUGUCUGAUAAAGGUUGUCUUGAUGGAAAGCUUUGCACUGCAGAAGUCCUUCAGAACAGAAGCUUUGUGCUGCUGGUUGUCCAAACAGGGCUGAACUGGCUGGCCAGAUAACUCUGGGGCUGUCCAUCACUUCUUCCUUUUCUCAGCCCAGUCCAGGUUUCCUUGUCUCCAGCUCUCUCCCUGUUCUGCUUCUGGCUUUGUUGUUCAAUGUGCUCCUGUAUGUCCUCAAAGCCAGAUAUAUUCUCUCAGAUGUGAGCUUGCCACUCUCACGGACUGGAAUGAGAUGUGUGCACACAUAACUGUGGGCAAAGCAUGGCCCCAAGACUGUACACAACAGUAGAGUAUAUACGUUAUAUAUACCUCAGAAUGACCUUCAGAUAUCUUGUCCCUCCCUCACCCUCAAAUUCUGGUUCUUGGCUGUAUCUGCCUUGCUGUGUCCUGGGCAGAGCUGUGAGCUAGUUCAUGCUAUAAUUUGACAGGAAACUAAGAAUGAUGGUUGUCUGUAAAAAUUAGCCUCUGGGACUCAAAAUCCCAUAUUCAUUUAUCAGCUGCACCCUUCAUUGGUACUGUAUAUUGACUGGUAAAAUACACUGUUCUUUUAUUCCUGUUGCCAGGGCAGCACCUUUCAGACCAUGCCCCCCUCCCUACCUAUAAAUAUAUACAUGGUUUAUGAUUAAACCUGUUUUAUUUA